AUGGCGACCGCCGCGACCCUCCGGGGUCCGACGUGGACCCCGACGUCGUCCUCGCGACGAGAGACGACGCGCAGACGUGGGAUCGACGCCGCGCGUCCUCGUCGCCGCGAACGACGCGCCGCGGACGCGCCUCGCGCCUCGCGCGACGGCGACGACGCGCGCGAGAUUUCAUCUUCCAGGGACGACGGCGUCCCGGAGUCGCCUACGCGCGACGUCGGACGACGAGACGCGCUGUCCGGCGCGUCCGCGACGUUCCUCGGCGCCGCGGCGGGGAGCUUCGCGCGACGCGCCGUCUCCGCCGAGACGUCGACCUCGUCGAGCUCCGGCGCGGCGCCGUCGUUCGUCCCGAUGACACCUCGGUCCCCGAGCGCGGUUCCGAACUACGCCCUGCGCGGUCCCUUCUUCGUGCGACGACUCCCGAGGCUCGAGCACACGUGCGUGACGUGCUUCCCGAAGUGCGUCGGCGACGCGUGCUUGCUCGGCAUCGACGUCCACGUCCCGAGCGCGCCGCCGCCUCUGCCGGACGCGAUGUUCCCGCUCGACGGAGUCUCUCUCGGCGGCGGCGACGACGACGACGACGACGACGACGACGACGACGGCGUCUCCGCCGCCGCCGCCGGGCGGAUGCGAGGCGCGCCGUACCCGCUCGCGAUCCUCACGUCCGGGUUCUUAGUCGACGCGGAGCAGUACGCGUCGUACGCGCGGCGGCUGUGCUCCUGGGGGUACGUCGUGCUGAGUUACAACAAGAGGGAGAACGUCGCCGGCAACGCGUUGGACGACGUCGUGAGCGCCGCGAUGGUCAGGGACCUGAUCCAGUGGGCCAAGUCCGACGUCCUCCUCGCGCCGCUGUUGGGGAGCGCGGAGGGUGAUAACAUUGGCGUGUACCUCGUCGGGCACUCCAGAGGUGGGAAGAUAUCCGUGCUCGAGGCGAUCGACGACGACCGGGUGAAGGCGGUGACGCUGUUGGAUCCGGUGGAUAACACGGUGUACGCGCCGCUGGGCGAGGGGUUUCCUUCCGCGGUGCGCGCGAUGCGAGGGAAGGAAACCGGCGAGGGCGGGGGUAUGUUGUCGAGGACGCGAACGCCGCCGCUGUGCGUGAUCGGGGGACUGUACGGCGGCGAGUGCGCGCCGCGGGGGAGCAACUACGUGGACUUUUUGAGGGAAGCGCCGAGGAACAGCUGGGGCGUGGAGGUCCGAGGCGGGCACUUUCAGUUCCUGGACUCGCCGUCGUUCGUGCAGCGCGCGGUGUGCGAGGAAGGCACCGCCGGGGACGCGCAGGUGAGGGAGGUGAGCCAGGCGCUCAUGGUGGCGCACGGGGAGAGCAUCUUUCGCGGCGUGAAUCGCGAGCGCGCGUUUAAGAGGACGCUCGAAGCGCUCGAAGCGGCGUGGGGCGGAGGCGCGUUCAGCGAAGCGUUAGGGCAGGGGCGGGAGCUCCCGUGGGUCGUCCUUCAGGACGGGACGGGGUAG